UCGAGCUCGUAGCGGGGCGGCCUGGUUGGGCCUUUGGUGCGGGGAAGAAAGAGGGAAGAUGCGGCUGGCCUCGGGGCUUGGACGGGGGGCGCCCGUGCCGCCGCUUCUGGCGCUGCUACUCCUCCUCCUCCAAGGGGCGGCGGGAGAGCCCUGCGCUAACGCCUCGCCCUGCUCUUGCCGGCGAGGGCUGUUGGAUUGUAGCCGUCUCGAUCUGUCGGGCCGGAGCCUGGAGCCGGGCCUGCUUUCGCCCUUGCUUCACGGCACUACCGCGCUAGACUUGAGUCAUAAUCAUUUGUUAUCCUCCAACUGGAGCAUUGGUUCUUCAGCUCAAGGACUACAAGAAGUGAAGAUGAAUUACAACGAGCUAACUGACAUUCCCUUUUUUGGUGAACUGACAUCUAACAUCACACUUCUCUCACUAGUACAUAAUAGAGUCUCAGAGAUAAUCCCUGAACAGCUUCAGCUUUAUGUUUCCUUGGAGAACCUGGACUUGAGCUCUAACUUAAUAUCUGAAAUCAAAGCCUCUUCAUUCCCACGAAUGCAGCUCAAGUAUCUGAAUCUGAGCAACAAUAGGAUAACAACUUUGGAAGCCAGCUGCUUUGAUAAUAUAUCCAGCUCACUCAUCAUCGUAAAACUAAACAGAAACCGAAUCAGCAUGAUUCCAUCAAAGACUUUCAGGCUGCCUCAUGUGCAACUCUUGGAACUCAAAAGGAACCGGAUUAAAGUAAUCGAGAGCCUUACUUUCCAAGGUUUGGACUCCUUAAAGUCAUUAAAACUGCAUCGCAAUGGGAUUAGUAGGCUGAUGGAUGGUGCUUUAUUUGGAUUGGAUAAUAUGGAAGAACUGUAA